AUGGAAAAUAUAAAAGAAGCAGAAAUAUCUCUGAAAGGUGUGUUGGAAGGGGGUCAUAGUGACUGGGUAACUUCCGUUUCUACACCAACAGAUGCUAAACUAAAGACAAUCGUUAGCGCAUCAAGAGACAAAAAGCUAAUCGUGUGGAAUAUCAACCCAGAUGACGAUUCAGGAGAAAUUGGAACUGCAAAAAAAUCCCUAACAGGACACUCUCAAGCAAUCAAUGACGUUUCGAUUUCAUCCGACGGAUUGUUUGCAUUGUCCGGAUCUUGGGACCAUUCAGUGCGUUUAUGGGAUUUAUCGUGUGGAGAAACUAUAAGAUCCUUUAUUGGACACACAUCAGAUGUUUUUAGUGUUUCCUUUAGUCCCGAUAAUAGGCAAAUUGUUUCAGCAAGUAGAGACAAAACAAUUAAAUUAUGGAAUACUUUAGCUCAGUGUAAGUACACCAUAACAGAAGAACAACACACCGAUUGGAUUACAUGUGUUAGAUUUUCCCCUUCACCAAAGCAAGCAAUUAUUGUUUCUUGUGGAUGGGAUAAAUUAGUUAAAGUUUGGAACUUAAAAAAUUGUGAUCUUAAUAAAAACUUAGAAGCACAUACAGGUGUUCUAAACACAGUUACUAUUUCUCCCGAUGGGUCAUUAUGUGCAUCAGGAGGAAAAGACGGUGUUGCAAAAUUAUGGGAUGUCAACGAAGGAAAACAUUUAUACUCAUUAGAAACUGGAUGUACCAUAAAUUCGCUUUGCUUUUCUCCUUGUGAUUAUUGGUUGUGUGCUGCAACAGAUCGAUUCAUAAGAAUAUGGAACUUAGAAAGUAAAUUAAUCAUUUCUGAAAUAUAUCCAGUUAAACAAUCCAAAGUUGGCUUACCUUGGUGUACGUCCAUCACAUGGUCAGCUAAUGGUCAAUACUUGUUUUGUGGUUCCACGGAUGGAAAUAUUUAUGUUUAUGAAGUUAAAAAGCAAUCGAUUUAG